AUGAGCCGCAGCAACUCCAUGGACAUCGACCGCGAGUCGACCGGCGCUGCUUCUUCACCCCCCGCAGCGCCCACGCCCACAGCCCAAACCGCCUUCUCCGUCCCGAUCCCCAACAUCAACACCGCCGUCAACGGCAACGAGAAUGGCAACGAUGAAGAUGCGCCCAUGCCGCCCCCGCACAGGUCUAACCCCUCCAGCCCUGUCCCCACUGCAGAGGACGAGGCCGAGGCUUACAAGGCUGCGGGCAACAAGUUCUUCAAGGAGAAGGACUACAAGAACGCCAUUCUUCAGUACUCCAAAGCCGUCGAGAUGAUUCCCGACUCGGCUACCUAUCUCAGCAAUCGUGCCGCUGCUUACAUGUCUAACGGCAACUACGAAGCAGCCCUCGAAGACUGCCUACGGGCCGUCGACCUGGACGGCCAGAAUCCCAAGGUCCUCCUGCGUCUCGCGCGCAUCUAUACCAGCCUCGGUCAGCCUGAGGAGGCCAUUCUGACGUUCGGCCGCAUCCAGCCGGCGCCGUCUGCUAAGGACAUGGCGCCCGCCAAGGAGAUGCUGCACCACAUUACCGCAGCCAAGAAUGCCCUUGCUAGCGGCACUGCCGGCUCUAUGGUCCUGCACGCUCUCGACCAGGCCGAGCGCCAGCUCGGCUACACCGCACCGAAGCCUCGAAAGUGGCAGAUUAUGCGUGGUGAGGCUCACCUCAAGAUGGGUACCGCCAACGCCCUUGGCGAGGCUCAGAACAUUGCCAUGUCGCUGCUGCGUAACAACAGCCAGGAUCCCGAGGCGCUCGUCCUCCGGGGUCGUGCCCUGUACUGUCAGGGUGACAACGACAAGGCCAUCAGCCACUUCCGGAAAGCACUCAGUUGCGACCCGGACAUGCGUGACGCCGUCAAGUGGUUGAGGGUUGUGCAAAAACUCGAAAGGAUGAAGGGAGAAGGUAACGCCGAGUACAAGGCGGGCCAGUGGCAGGCAGCCAUUGACAAGUACACUGCCGCUUUAGAGAUUGACCCCACCAACAAGGGUACCAACUCGAAGAUUCUCCAGAAUAGGGCGCUGUGUAGGACAAAGCUCAAGGAGUACGACGCUGCCAUUGCCGACUGUGAGAGGGCCGUCCAGCUGGACCCCACCUACACCAAGGCGCGCAAGACAAAGGCCAAUGCGCUGGGCUCUGCGGAGAGGUGGGAGGAUGCCGUCAAGGAGUGGAAGUCAAUCCAAGAGCUCGACCCCGAGGAUCGCACCAUUGCCAAGGAGAUUCGCAAGGCCGAACUGGAGCUGAAGAAGAGCAAGCGCAAGGAUUACUACAAGAUCCUCCAGAUCAGCAAGGAUGCCGAUGAUACCCAGAUCAAAAAGGCCUACCGCAAGCUGGCCAUCGUUCACCAUCCUGACAAGAACCCCAACGACGAGCAUGCCGCUGAGCGCUUCAAGGAUAUUGGUGAAGCUUAUGAGACUCUGAGCGACUCUCAAAAACGUGCGGCCUAUGACAAUGGCGAUGAUCUGAUGGAUCCCAAUGACAUGUUCGGCGGCGGCGGCGGCAUGCACGGCGGCAUGGGUGGUAUGCACGGCGGCAUCGACCCUGAGAUGCUCUUUAACAUGAUGGGUGGCAUGGGUGGCGGUGGUGGUGGCGGCGGCGGCGGGUUCCCCGGAGGUGGUGGUUUCCCCGGCGGUGGCACGUUCUCCUUCGCCGACGGGUCCAGCGGUCGCCAGCGCCCUGGCUUCAGCGGACGUGGCUUCAACUUCUCCACCUGA